CAUCUUUUGACCUCAACCCUUGCUCAGAUCGCCGAACUCAUCAACCAUUUUCUCGUUUGCAUCCCUUGACAUCCCAUUUUCAUUCCAAUACCCCGCGCUCCAUCAAAGACCCCGCUCUCCUCACGCCUCGAUCUGUAUGAUAGUACAAUAUCGCCGCCUUUGCUCGUCCUCAAUGAGUUCCCAAUCUUCGCCAUGAUGACCCGGACUCGGCCAGCACCGGCUCCGCCCCCUCGGCAGAUGCCGCAGCGUGCUACCAAAAUCCGGAGCGUUGUAGUGCCGGAACCAAGACCCGCCGCCACAAGAAACACGAGCGGUAGAGUAACACGAAGCUCCGCGGUUCUGGACCCUCUGGUUCUGAACCCCGACGAUGGUGACCAGGAUUCUAUUUCUCGCGAUUCCGCUGCCGUACAACCACACCGUCUCAAACGUGCCACCUCUGCAGUUGGCUUGGCAAACCGGAAAUCCAAGCGCACUCGCCACCAUUCUGGCUACUACGGCGAGUCGUCGGAUGAGGACGAAGACAACAAUGCCUACCUAUCACCAAAUACUGAUGGUGAGGCCCGGGCGGCUGCCCCCACCACCCCCACCAGAAAUCGCCGCCCUCAGGCCAAGCCGACUGGUGCAACACCGAGAACCAAGCGCACGCCUAAAGGCACCCUGAAGACUGGAGAACCCGUCGCUCCUACGCUGGAGUUGGGUGUAAUUCCCCCUUGGAGCGAGCUCCCCUACUUCAUCCUGGUCCAGAUUUUUGAGUCUGCUGCACCAACCCCACUUGACUGGGCCUCGGUACGCUGGCUCUUAGCGAUGAGCAGAGUAUGUCGCGCAUUCGCGGAGCCAGCGCUCACAGUUUUGUACAAAAGCCCUCCAUUGCUGUCACCCGCAAUGACGCACAGCUUCCUCGAUAGCCUCGCCAGUCAGCCCGAUUCCACCCUGUUCAACUACCGACAAAAGAUCGAGAGACUUGAAAUUGACGUCGGAAAUGUGGUCACCAAGACGUACCGUGGUGUCCAACUGGAUCUCAGAGCUCUUGUCCAGCACCUCCCUCGGCUGAUGGAGGUUAACCUUUGGCAUCAGAAAGACAACGCGCCUUAUCGUGAACUAGAUGACAACUUGAAAUGGCAUUAUCCACCUCAGCUAUUCGAAGGUCUCGGUGUUCAAAUUGGGCCUGAUGGAGUCGUCAGUAGUUCCACCGAAGAGGACGCCAGGUUCGCCAAAUUGAGAAGUUGGCGGUGGAGCAGCCGGAUGCUGGGUCCAAACAUGAAAUUGGACAGCCUCCGGGAUCUCCAUUCGGCUCCGUGCUUCGUUGGGCUUCGGAAGGUCGCCUUUGUUAACUUUCAGAUGCCGUCUCUCCAUGCUGCCAAUCCGGAAGACCCAGAUGUCAUGGAAAGGGACAGAAGCUUCGUCACGCGCCUCGGAGAGUCCAUCAGCGCACUGCCAGAAUUAACACACCUUGUUAUCGAGUCCUCCACGGCAGUCACGGAGCAGCUCCUCCCACUGUUGCCCAAGACCAUCCAGCACCUCGAGCUCGUCAACUGCUGGGACAUUGGAGCCGAGGAUGUUGCUGAGUAUCUACUCUCGCACGGAUCUGCACUUCGUCACCUGACGCUUCAUCAUAACCAGUCGCUCAGUCUGGCCUUUCUACCUGUUUUGGGCAUUGCCUGCCCGAACCUCAGGUCCUUGAGCAUGAACCUCACCUAUUUCAACCAUCAUGCGUUUUACAGAGAUUCCGAUCCCUGUUACGAUGCGCUUCUCGCCCCUGGCCAGAUCCCCACGUGGCCACCGGCCCUCCAGCACCUUGAACUGAAAAACUUGAGGAAGUGGGACGCUGAUGCCGCGGAGAAUUUCUUCCAGUCACUCGUGGACGGCGCGGCCAACCUCCCCAUGUUGCGCCACCUCGAUAUCAAAGCGAUGCUGGACAUACCUUUCCGCCAGCGGUCACAAAUGCGAGACAAGUGGGUCGCAAAGCUGAACGAAGUGUUCCUUCGCAAGUGGGAGGAUCCGCUUCCCUUCCACUCAUUGCGAUCACGGGAAAACGAGGAGCCAUCCGAGAUAAGGACCCCCUCUAAAAAGCAGCGCAAGCCCAGCGCGGGAUCACUAUCGUCAGCCCGGCGAAGCCAUCGAAUCGCAACCCAAAUACCGAGUUCAUCGUCCCGUGCAAGUAGUGUUGGCCGAGAUCUGAGAACCGCUGGAGGACGGCCUUCCUACGCUGAGCCCGAUACUGAUGAAGAUUUUGACAGCCUUGGCAGUGAUGACGACGAAGAUAACGCCAGAGAUCAGUCCUCUGGUGCGGAGCAUAAACCACUCUCCCCAGAGACGGAAGUGGGCUCCUUCGUCCAAGGCAUGUGCAACAUAGUUGACAUCCGGUUCGAUAACCAAAAGCCGGUCGAGCACCAGUGGCACAUGGAAGACUUUCUAGACUCGGAAUCCGACAAUCCAGCCGAUGAAGACUGGAAUGGAGACAGAGAUAUUGACGAUGACUAUGCUUGGUGAUCGUGACGAGGCCCACAGGACCUUGUUUGUAUUUGUUUCUGUUUCAUGUAUUUCUGGUUCCGUUAGACCAUACAUGCUGAGAGAUAACUCGCAUUGAUCUGAGCCGCGGUGGCUGUAUAACAGGGAGUUUUGGCCGAGGCAGCUAUUGCGACAGCAUUAGACACUAACGGGGUGGCAACACAACUCGGAAGGGCUCAGUGGACUCUCAAACUUGCUUCAACUUAUAGUUAGAUGGCAAAAGAAGGCUUGGUUUCGUCUCUCUAUCGAUGCCAACUUUGUGCUCAUGUCUACCUAGGCUACUACAAUGAGAAAAGGCCACGAGCCGAGUCUAACUAAGUGCAUAAUUCGUGUCGAGGUUGUCCCAAGUCAGAAAUCGUAAGCCAGACCUCCCUAGCCACGGAACCAUGACUGCGACAUUUGCAGGCCUUGGAGGAAAAGAUUUGGG